UCGUAGGUAAUUGGUAUAUUUUAACGGUCCAGCUGCGGCCGCACUGAGUUUAUUAACAUAAAAAACAACAAAUUUAUUAGCAAAAUGGUUAGCAGAAACUUAGAAAGCACGAGUAAAGUUCCGACUUUCCAUGUCAUCCGAGAAGUCUACGACAGUUCCAAUGCCCACGAAAGAUUUGAGGCGGAACUGGACAAGGCGCUGGAGGCCAAGGUUGACUUCAUCAUCAUAGAGCCACCUCGUUUGGGAGACGAAACUGGUCGUUGGAUUUGGGUGGGCAACUGUCUACACAAAACAGCAGUUGCCACUGGAGUGGUCUCUCUAGUGGCCAGUCUGUUAUGGCGCGAUCGCCCCAUCAUUGCAGCUCCCGCCUGUGCCCUUUCCCUUUUUUGCACGGGACUCUACACAGUCUCUUGGAACUAUGAUCCUUGUUGUCAAUAUCAGGUGGAAAACAACGACACCGUGCUGGAGAAACUACCACUGACAGAUGUAUCCUCGCCUGUGAUUCUGGGCUACUCGCCCAAUUCAAAAACCAAAUACUUGCACCGUGGCGUAUCCUUCCUCUCUGCUGCAUUGUGCGCCUGGCAAAUUUGGAGGUCCUACAAGUAGAGGAUGAAAAUGAACCCAUAAAAUGGGCAGCUUCUGGAUUGGGCCACUCCCCUGCGGAGGAGUAAUACCUAAUAAGUUUAGUUUAGGCACCUAAGCGAAUGCAUUUCUUUUAGAUAUUCGAACGAUUUUAACUUAAUGUCCUGUCCUUCGUGAAAUUUUGAAAUGUUUUCAAGUCCCAAACCGUAUCUGUCCAGUGCCCAGUUUUAUUGUUUUUGUGGCUGCCAUGUGAACUAUCGCUAGUAUGCUCAUAACUUAUUACGGUUCCCAGGCCUAAGUUAGUCAUAAGGAAAGAGCAGCCUCUGCACUGUAAAUUAAGCAAAGCCAACUUCUGUGUAUAAAGCAAAACCCAUUUAUAAUUGUUAUUAGAGUCUAGUUAAAGAUAUCAGAAAGCGAAAGGCAAAUAAACGCAAUGCGAAUGUUA